AUGCGCUAUUGGGUCUCUUGGCUUGAUCCCUUUCAAAUCCAGCCUAUAUACCGGUAUACCUUGGCACGUAUGGUUGGCUCUAGCAGGUCAAUUAUGAGACCCCUGGGCAGUACCGUGAGCCAAUAUCAAGAGAAUUCACACCAACAAUGUCUUGUCCCCCUGGCUAGCUGUUCUGGUUUCUCUUCUCUUUCACAACCACAAAACAUGCUUUCUCUCUUCCAAAGCCAGGUCAGACUCUUCCAGACUAGCUCUGUGCAAAAUGAUAUUGAUCAGGCAGCAAAAUAUAUUGGUGCUGGUGCAGCUACAGUUGGAGCUGCUGGUUCUGGUGCUGGUAUUGGAAGUGUGUUUGGAAACUUAGUAAUAGGUUAUGCCAGAAAUCCUUCUUUAAAACAACAACUGUUUUCAUAUGCCAUUUUGGGCUUUGCCCUGCCAUGUAGCACAGGAUUGCUCGGGAAACGAGUCCGGGUCCAAGGUGCCGUCACAGUCCUUGCCCCUUCUUGGUCAUUAAAUGCGGCAUUGCCUGUUGUCAACGUGUGCGUUGAGGGUAAACGACGUUCGGUGCUCGUCGACACUGGAUGUUCCCGGUCGAUCAUUAAUGCGGAUAGAUGCAUGACAUGGAGCAGUCAACAAAUCGAGAUUCGGACGAUUGACAGUGUGUCCCGGGCCUGUUGUGGUGUCGGGACUGUAUCAAUCCUCACAGACGGAGAGAAUCAUGCCAAGGUCGACGUUUUGGUGGCAAGUCAAAGGCCCCUCGGUUACGACCUGCUGCUUGGGAUCAAUGUGAUCCGAGCGUUAGGAGGCAUGAUAAUCACGCCAGCCGGAUGUGGAACUGGGUAA